CAAAGAUCGACAUCUCAAUCACAAUUGCCACACAUACAAUCCAAACCUACCUAGCGUUCCCAAAAGACAGCGUACAGCUAUAGUCGAGCACACUCUUCUUCAAGAUGAUCAAGAACGCUGCUUCCAAGGUGCUCUUGCCCAAGAGCGCCCUCAAGACAAACCUCAACCGAUCCCUAGCGACCGUCGCCGACCCCCCCGUCCGUCGUUACGGAGGUCUCAAAGAUCAAGACCGGAUCUUCACCAACCUCUUGUCUAGGCACGAUCAUGGUAUCAAGGGAGCUCAGAGCCGUGGGGAUUGGCACAAGACCAAGGAGAUCCUGUUGAAGGGAGAUACGUGGAUCAUCAACCAAGUUAAAGAGAGUGGGUUGAGAGGACGAGGUGGAGCGGGGUUCCCCUCGGGGUUGAAGUGGAGUUUCAUGAACAAGCCCGGUUGGGAGAAGGAUCCUAGGCCUAGAUACCUCGUUGUCAACGCCGACGAGGGAGAGCCGGGUACCUGCAAGGACAGGGAGAUCAUGAGGGGAGACCCUCACAAGCUCGUCGAAGGGUGUUUGGUAGCCGGACGAGCUAUGAACGCUAGUGCCGCUUACAUCUACAUCCGAGGAGAAUUCUACCAAGAAGCCUCCCACGUUCAACAAGCCAUCGACGAGGCCUACAAGGCGGGCCUGAUCGGCAAGAACGCCUGUGGUUCCGGGUACGAUUUCGACGUCUACCUGCACAGGGGUGCCGGAGCGUACAUUUGUGGAGAGGAGACGGCUCUGAUCGAGUCGAUCGAGGGGAAACAGGGCAAGCCUAGGCUCAAGCCUCCUUUCCCCGCUGAUGUCGGGUUGUUCGGAUGUCCUACGACCGUCGCCAACGUCGAGACCGUCGCUGUCGCCCCGACCAUCGCCCGUCGAUCUGGAAAAUGGUUCGCCAGCUUCGGUCGUGAGCGAAACCACGGUACCAAGUUGUUCUGCGUCUCUGGUCACGUCAACGCCCCCGCGGUAUUCGAGGAGGAGAUGUCCAUGCCCCUGCAAGAGAUGCUGGAGAGGCACUGUGGAGGCGUCCGAGGAGGUUGGGAGAACUUGAAGGGUGUUAUUCCCGGUGGAUGCAGUGUCCCCGUCAUCACGAGGGACGUGAGCGAAAAGGUCUUGAUGGACUACGAUUCGUUGAAGGAUCACGGGACUUCGUUGGGAACGGGUGCGAUCAUCGUCAUGGACAACACGACCGACAUGAUCUCGGCCAUUGCUCGAUUCAGCGCGUUCUACAAGCACGAGUCGUGCGGUCAGUGCACACCGUGCAGGGAGGGAACGACCUGGAUGACCAACAUGAUGAACCGAAUGGUGCAAGGACGAGCACAGGAGCGUGAGAUUGACAUGCUGCAAGAGCUGACCAAGCAGAUCGAGGGUCACACCAUCUGUGCUUUGGGUGAUGCCGCCGCCUGGCCGAUCCAGGGUCUGAUCAAGAACUUCCGACCAGAGAUCGAGGAGCGAAUCGCCAAGUUCAGGGCCGAGAACGGGGAUGUCGCCUUUGGAGGUGCGCUCAAGGCGAGCUUCCCGCUCGGGGAGACGGCCGUCCCGGAUAACCUCGGGUUGGAGGCUGUCCGUCAGACGAGGCAGAUCGGAGCUUGAGCAGGGAAGAGGCGUAAUCUAGGUCGUGUUUUGUAUUUUUUCCGAGUAUGAAGAGUAAUUCCGCGAAUCCACUUUCUCAGAGGCGUUUUGGAAUUGCGCUUGACGCGGGAAAUUCUUGAAAUGUAGGAUUUACUUGUCAAUCGUUGUGAGUAAGCCGGCUUUCAGAAGGACACGCUUCGAAAGGGCGACACAAGUUGCGCUUUGUGCAGGACGGCAAACUGCACGCGC